AUGUCUACCGCACCAACAUCUGCCCCUGCGGCCAAUUCAACCGCUACUUCUGUCCCUACGAAGGUUGAAAGGCAAACUUCCAGUAUGCAAGGCACAAUUCAGUCCGGCAAUGGAAACGCCAAACCCGUCGACUGGGAGUCUGAGAUCCAACUUGUGUCGUCACUAGCAAAGCUUCAAGAACUCGAACGCAAGAUCCACGAAAUUCGACAAUUCGUCCCAGCUGGACUCUUAGAACCAAUAGUCCCAAUAUCAAGUUCAAACACAGUGUCGACCAACAAUCCCGCGGCCGAGACACCGGCAAUUUUACGCAAUGAUCUUGAACAUGCAGCUCACGAUCGACUUGCCAGCCUUGAACAGUUCCAGUCCUUGUGGCGCAGUCCGGAGAUGAAGCCUGUUUGGGCUCAUGUCGAGGCGCGCCUGGGAGAGGCCAAUGGUCAAAUCCUCCAGCCCACCGGCAUGUGGGAGAAGGAUUAUGAUGUUCUCCUUGCUGAGCUUACCAAGGCUGAGAAGACCAAGGAAGACGAGCGGUUACGGGAAGAGGAAGACGCCGAGCGGACAAAGGCCUUAUCGUCGGAAGGAGAAUGGACUGCCGUCAUUGAGAGAUUUGAGCAGCGGAAUGUUCCGGGCGUUCGAGUCAUGAAGGGACAAAAUCAGACUUCGCUGGCUAUUGCGCUUUCAAGGGCCGGAAUGGUCUUUAUCAUUGCGGGUGUGCGUGACUACAAUUCAUCUGCUGUAUCUGGGUGGCAGGUAUCGAGCAGAGUGGCACCAGGUCGAUCUACGACGAAACUUGAGCAAGCUGUUCUCGAGUGCUUGAACUCGCGACCGCGCAAAUGGGACCUUGCUUUCCUACUGGACAUGAUUGCUUCAUAUGCAGACAUUAAGCAGACUCCUUGUAUAAAGUGUGCUCAGCUCACCAACAACGCUGCCCAACUCCCCACAAUCCGUCGCGCACAAUCCACGCAGCCUUCAACAGACGACAAAUCCCGUCUAUUCGUAUUCGACGCCUUUCAUCCCAACUGUGCCUAA